GAUUUUCAACUUCAAAUGUAGAAUUUUUGUGUUUAUUCAGAAGAAAUUAUUGUAAAUUUACUCAACCUUUUAACUUUUGUAUGCAAUUUCUUGGGAGAUUUGGUUUCUCCCACUUCAGCCUCCUAAGUUGGUGAAAGAAUAAUAAAAGAAGGCUUCACCAGAUUUUCACUUAAUCACUUUGGAGUGUAUGCAGAGCAUGAAAUUGCAAUUUGACCGCUUUUUCUUUUUCCAAUUUUCUGCUUCAGCACUUUUCAAAGGUACAUUCGCCCUCCUUAUUUAAAUUCCUUGAACAUACAAUGGGUUGCACAAGACGUGUUUGUUGGUAUUCAACAGUGAAGCUGGUAUUAGUCUAGCGUUUCCUGUGGCUUGCUUUGGAUAUUCUUUAUCUUUAUUUCUGUGUGCUAUCUGAUUUCAUAUGAAUUGAUAUGGGGAAAAUGAUAUGGGAAAAAGUAAAUGGGAACCUUAUUUCACAAAUGGUUUAGUUUUUUUUUUUUUUUGACGAUAAAAGAAACAAUGAGAAUUAUGGAAGGCCUAUAGACAAAAAUGGGUUCACAUGUGUGAUAGAGAUGUAGACCCCACAUGCACAGGCCAGAGCACCAUGUCUCGUAAAAUAAAGUGGUAAAGUCAUACAUACACAAGUCACAAGCGAAGCAAAUAACAUAGCAUAGCAUUGUAUGAGAUCAAAUUCUCUUAAUUGGAAUGGUUUCGAAAAGUAAAAGGGUGAGGGAUGCAACACUCUUCUCCUUCAUCUUGGUUUUACUGUUAGUUGGGUUUGGUAACUCAGAUUUAAGCAAAGACAGAGAAGAGUGUGCAGAGAAACUCAUGGGGCUGGCUAGUUGUGUUCCUUACGUUGGUGGUGAGGCGAAAACCCCAACCAUAGACUGCUGCAGUGGCCUGAAAGUGGUCCUGGAGAAGAGCAAGAAGUGCAUCUGCAUCCUCAUCAAAGAUCGUGAUGACCCCAAUCUUGGCAUCAAAAUCAAUGCCACUCUCGCCAUUCAACUACCCUCUGCUUGCCACGCACCUGCUAAUAUAUCUCACUGUGUAGAUCUUCUGCAUUUAGCACCUAACUCUCCUGAUGCUAAGGUGUUUGAGGGAUUGCAAAAAUCUGCCAAAACAAACGGUUCCACCCCAGUUUCCAGUGGAUCAAGCUCAAGUGCUGAGGAAAACAGUGGUGUGUCUACAAAGAGGUGGCCGGUGCCACACCUGCUUUCCUCGAUCUUACCACUUCUCUUCCUUCUUGUUUGAAGUGAAGCAACAUCAGCACUCCCCUACUACUACUACUACUACUGCUGCUGCUACUUCCUUCACGCCUCUGUUUCUCAUCACUCUAUAUUUUUCUGUGCAAAUCUGAAAUAAAAUCAUUCUAUAUCCAUCUAUUAAUACCAGUUACUUUGGGUAGUAGUAAUCAUCAAUCCUUCAUGUUCUUUCUCAUUCUCUCUAUCUAUCAAGAAAAGGAGGGACCACUUUCAAUAUACUUAGUCGUGACUUCAAGCAUCAA